CCGGACAAGUUUGCCUUGAGCCUCACUGCGGAAAUGUGGCAUCUCCUAAUCUUGACGAUACUGGCAGUCGUUCUGACUGUUUAUUUCGUAUGCGACAACAGACACAAAUCUACCGUGGAUUGGCGUUCGAUUGUGAGUCCCAACGGGGACAAGCUUCCAGACUUCAGUUUUUCUGGCUACCACAACUCAGAGGUAUCACUUCCAACUGUCACCACUGCCGAUAUCACACUCUCUUUUCCCAACAAGACUUAUGAUGAUAUAAGUCCUUUGAUUCAGAAGGCCAUUGACUCCGUUGCCCUUAGUGGCGGAGGCGUUGUUGAGCUCCCACCGGGUAGCUUCCACAUCAGCGCUGGCAUUCAGCUUCGCAGCAACGUCACUGUUCGGGGACCCAAGGGUGGUGAAACCCUCUUGGUACUGAGGGAACAACCAUCCAGCCCAGUCUUCACUCUUGGGAGUAUUGGCAACACUUCCAAGGCAGAGUUUGGGGCCAAAUCAAGAAUCAUCGACGACUAUGUUCCUAUCGGCUCGUCCAUAGUGAACAUCCGGAACAACACCGAACUCUCAGUCAACCAAACCGUUUACAUAUCCAGGGCCACAGAGGAAUCUUGGAUCAGAUAUAACGGGAUGGGUGACUUGGUACGAGAUGGUGAUCCACAGACAUGGAUAACGUUGAACAAGAAGAUCAUGUCACCAAAUGUGAUCAAAUCCAUAAAUGGCACGGAGGUCACGCUUCAGAUACCAUUGACAGACGCUCUUGAUUCAAGAUACAUGAAGCCCGAGGUUUGGGCGUACAAGCCUCCAGAGCAAUACUCGGAGAUGGGACUUCACAAUCUUCGAAUCCAAGUUCCCAAUUCUUGUUCUGGAGCUCCACUCAGUAACGAGACUUGCAACUUCGCAGCAGUCAAAUUCCCGUCAUGGACAGUUGACAGCUGGGCAAGCGGGCUGAGGCUGGAAGGAUUCAACCGAUUUUUUGAAGUUGAGACGGACGCUUCUCGGAUCACCAUUCAAGACAUCGAGAUGAAUCGGGAUCACGACAUUGAAGGAAGAGCGCUUCCCAUCGACAUCUUGAUUCAAGGUUCCCAGGUUCUUGUACAAGACUGCAAGCAGAUCGGUCUCCCAACAGCCAGGUGCUUCUCUGUGGCAACAGACUCGCUAGCCGCAGGACCUAACACCGUCAUUCGUCACUCCACCAUGUCUGACAUACAGACCAUUUACCCUCAUGAAAGGUGGGCGCAUGGGUUGCUUGUUGAGGGGACAUCAGUGCCGACUCUCUUUGUCAAUCGAGCUUCAAAUGGCACAGGCCAUGGAUGGACGAUAAAUGCUGGUGUUGGGUGGAAUCUGAGGGGUGAAGCCAUUGUCCAGUCACCACCGCUUGGCAUUAACUGGUGUAUCGGUUGUGGAGGAACGAAUGGGACGUCGGGGAACGGUACCUUUAUCCGCCCUGACAAGCAGGUUAAACCGACAAGCCUUUUUGCAGCGCAACUUGAGGCCCGUGGACUACACUAG